AUGUCGAAUCCGGCGUCCUACGGUUCCCAUCGGCGGUCAACUGUCUUUAGUCGUCAGCCUGAGGAACUUCAUAUCCCAUCAUCAGGGCUAAACAACCCGAACCUGUCCCGUCAGUCCUCCUCGCAUGAUUACCCAGCCACCCCAGACGCAGGUGCCCGACUUCCCGCGAUCAACGUACACUCGAGCUCUCAGUACGGAGGUGAUGGGAAUCACAGCAGUAGUGUACUUCCUGGAGCCCUGCAGCCCGGUAAUCGCCCCCCGGCCGUAUCGAUAAAUACCGCCCCAUCGGUCGUUCCCACCAUGCAGCCAUCAUCGUCGCAACCGAACCACCGCGCCAGUAUGAUCAAUUCCCACGGUCAUUCACGAUCCAGCCCCGCGGGCUUCGAUCAGUCGAUUUACAAGCAACACGGCGCACCGGACGGCUCGAAAUAUCCCUCCUCCCCUGGCGGAUUUCCACCACAUACCCCGCAAGGGUCGAAGUACUCGCCCCUCGGCUUGUCAGAUAUCAGGCCCUCGGGCGAGCACCUCUUGAGUGAGGCACUUUUGAACCCGGGAAUUCCUUCCUUGCCCCCCAACAACAACGACAACCAAGUGCCCACCAACAGCAAUUAUGUCGCACCAUGGCCCAUCUAUGCGGUGGACUGGUGCAAGUGGCCUAUCGCAGGUAGCUCCGGAUUUGGAGGAAAGCUCGCGAUGGGAAGCUACCUAGAGGACAACCAUAACUACAUUCAAAUUGUCGAUGCACACUGGACCCAACCAGACCCCGACACCCCAGACGCCGCCGCGGGGGAGAUCAAACUGGACUACGUCAAAACCGCCGAAGCAACCCACUCUUAUCCCGUUACACGCAUCCUCUGGGAGCCCCCAUCUUCCCAGAAACAAUCGACUGAUUUGCUGGCCACGUCAGGAGAUCAUCUUCGACUAUGGUCGCUGCCAAACUCCCAGCCUCUGCAGAGCUCGAAUUCUAUCACUCGCCCCAUGAGCCAGCGGGAGACCCCCACCUCCAAGCUUUCCCCACUGGCAUUGCUGUCCAACUCCAAAUCCCCAGAGCACACCGCUCCUAUCACCUCUCUUGAUUGGAACACAAUUUCACCCAGUCUGAUCAUCACUUCCAGCAUUGACACAACCUGUACUAUUUGGGACAUUCCCACCUUGACCGCAAAGACACAAUUGAUCGCACACGACAAGGAGGUGUACGAUGUCCGGUUCUGUGCCAACAGCGUUGAUGUCUUCGUCAGUUGUGGUGCGGAUGGCAGCGUGCGAAUGUUUGAUUUGCGAAGCCUCGAGCACAGCACCAUCAUCUAUGAGCCAACCGAUAAGAAUGAGAAGAGUAAGCACCCGUCCAGAUCACAUUCGUUCAUAACUAACGUCCAUUUCAGCGAUGAGCCCCGGGAACUCCAGUCCCCCUGGCCAAUCGCAGACCGGUCUCUACCCACCUCCUCUAUUGAGAAUCGCAGGUAUGUGCAAAAAAUCUCACAUUCGAUUCACAAGAGUGCUCUAUUAAUCCCAUGUUUAGCAUCACCACAUGACGCCCAUCUCUUGGCAACAUUCUCCCAAGACUCAAGUGUCGUCCGAGUGCUCGACGUCCGCCAACCCGGCCAAGCCCUACUGGAAUUGAAGGGCCACUCCGCAGCACUUAACUGCGUAGAAUGGUCCCCAAGCCGACGCGGAAUCCUUGCAUCCGGCGGCGACGACAGCAUGGUCCUCUUAUGGGACCUGAUCAACCAACAUAACGCCGCCCCCAUUUCCUCCCCACCCACACACCCCACAGGAGCACCACCAUCGACAACCUCCGAGCGCGGUCCAGCAGCCGUCUGGCAGAGCGAGUACGAAGUCUCCAACAUCAGCUGGUCUCCAUCAGGCGGACCCAACCACACCGGCCAGUCGCGUGAAUGGCUAGGUGUCUGUGGCGGACGAGGUCUCACUGGGGUUUCUUUAUAA